ACGCGCCCAGUUUACGUUUCUGUCUCUCUGGAUCUGAAGCUCGAGCUGCUCGACAGCCGAGGGAGAAAGCACCUCUCUCUAGUCCCCUCUCGUGACUUCUCUGGAAGCCUUCGCUCGAUCAUCCUUCUUCCGUUUAUCGGUAAAGAAGUUGUUGUGGCUGGAAGGCUCCCAUGGCUGCUUCAGAAGAAAACAGUUCAUUGUUCCCUAUAUUUAUUUUGACAAUACUAGCCCUCCCUUUAGUGCCCUAUACAAUACUGAACCUAUGCCGUGCUGCCUCCAAGAAAACAAAAAGCAUAAAUUGUGAGUGUUCAGCAUGCUCUAGAUCGGGAAAGUAUCGCAAAUCCAUUUUUAAACGGAUCUCAAACUUCUCAACAUGGAGUAACUUCACAGUUGUGGUGCUUUGGGUCAUCAUGGGCAUACUAGUGUAUUAUAUUAAACAUAUAAGUCGCGAGAUCAAAGUAUUUGAGCCAUUUAGUAUUCUUGGAUUAGAAUCUGGAGCUUCUGACUCAGAAAUAAAGAAGGCAUAUAGGAGGCUUUCCAUUCAAUACCACCCUGAUAAAAAUCCUGAUCCAGAGGCCCACAAUUAUUUUGUUGAAUUUAUAUCGAAGGCUUAUCAGGCUCUCACGGAUCCAAUAUCACGUGAGAAUUAUGAGAAAUAUGGCCACCCAGAUGGUAGACAGGGGUUUCAAAUGGGAAUAGCUCUUCCUCAGUUUCUGCUGAACAUUGAUGGGGCAUCUGGUGGGAUAUUGUUACUUUGGAUAGUUGGGGUCUGUAUUCUGUUACCACUGGUGAUAGCUGUUGUAUAUCUGUCACGGUCAUCCAAAUAUACAGGCAACUAUGUCAUGCAUCAAACACUCUCCACCUAUUACUUCUUUAUGAAACCAUCUUUGGCACCAAGCAAAGUUAUGGAUGUUUUCAUUAAGGCUGCUGAAUACAUGGAGAUUCCAGUUCGUAGGACUGAUGAUGAGCCGCUACAGAAGCUUUUUGUCUUAGUUAGAAGUGAGUUGAAUUUGGACCUUAAAAACAUUAAACAAGAGCAGGCAAAGUUUUUGAAGCAACAUCCAGUACUAGUUAAGACACAAUUGUUGAUUCAAGCCCAAUUAACUCGCGAAACGGAAGCUUUGUCCCCAGAAUUGCAGCGAAACUUUAAACGUGUAUUAGAACUUGCACCUCGCCUUCUUGAGGAGCUUAUAAAGAUGGCACUUAUUCCGCGGACAGCUCAGGGGCAUGGUUGGCUAAGGCCUGCAAUUGGUGUUCUUGAGCUUUCUCAAUGUAUCAUUCAGGCUGUUCCCCUCAGUGCAAGGAAGACAUCUGGAGGAUUUACCAAUGGCACUGCACCUUUUCUGCAGCUUCCACAUUUUAAUGAGGCUGUUAUGAAAAAGCUAGCCCGCAAGAAGGUGCGGAGUUUUCAAGAGCUUCGUGAUAUGGCUCCUGAAGACCGGGCGGAGCUGCUUACUCAAACAACUGGCUUCUCUGCUUCUGAAAUCCUGGAUGUGGAAAAGGUUCUGGAAAUGAUGCCUUCUUUAACACUUGAAGUGACUUGUGAGACCGAAGGGGAAGAGGGUAUUCAGGAGGGUGACGUCGUCACUCUCCACACUUGGGUUACACUCAAGCGUGCGAAUGGAUUGAUCCGUGCACUUCCCCAUGCCCCUCAAUACCCAUUCCACAAGGAAGAGAACUUCUGGUUCCUCCUCGCGGACCCCACCCUGAACAACGUGUGGUUUUACCAAAAGGUCAGUUUCAUGGAUGAGGCGACAGCCAUAACGGCUGCUUCAAAAGCAAUAGAGGAGACUAUGGAAGGGGCAGGAGCCACCUUGAAGGAAACUAGUACGGCGGUUAGGGAAGCGGUCGAGAAGGUUAAGGGCGGGUCCCGCCUCGUGAUGGGAAAAUUCCAGGCCCCGCCGGAGGGGAACUACAAUUUGAGUUGUUACUUGGUUUGUGAUUCGUGGAUCGGUUGUGAUAUUAAAACAAGUUUGAAGUUGAAGGUUUUGAAGAGGACUCGGGCGGGGACACGGGGUGGUUACGUGGCCGAAGAGGGAACAGCUAUGGCGGAGGAUGGGGUCGAAGAGGAGGAGGAGAUGGAAGAAGAGGAGUAUGAUGAUUAUGAGAGUGAGUAUAGUGAAGAUGAUGAGGAUAAUAAGCAGGAUAGUAAAAAGAAGGGGUCUGCUGCCAACGGCAAAGGUGGCAAAUCAAGUUCAGAAGGUUCAGGAUCUGAUGAGGAAUAGAAUCUCUUUCUUUAAAUUAACAGGGAGAAAAAUUCAGUUUUUUUUGUUGGGUUUUCUGGUUUUUUUUUUAAACUAGCAAAAGUACCCAAUCGUAGGACAACAACUAUACAAUCAUCAGUGUUCUUGUUCUCAUUUAGGUGAAAUCUCCUGGUUUUGAUACUGUAACUUCUGAGUUUGAAUCUACAAAUGCAUGUCAGCUAUUUUCAGGAGUAUUUAUCAAGAGCUCACCUGGCUUUUUAGAA